CGUUCUCUUACGACACACAAGAUACAAGAAGCGCUUUCUAAACGGAAAAUUUUGUUUCAACUCUCAAUCGCACAACUAUGGGUCAUCACAUUUUCUUUUUCUAUGUGACUUUUAUUACUCAAGUGGCGUUCAGCUCAGGUGCUGAGCGCGAGGUUACAGCAAAAAUUCACGAGAGAUUCUUGCUGCCCUGCCCCACAUUUAGCGAUCCAGAAAAUGUUACAAGUAUCGGUUGGUACGGCUGCUCUAACGAUGAUUGCGAACAUGACUGGAACAAGUUCCUGAUAGCGUAUGUUGAAAAUAUGACAGAUACAAUUGCCGAUAACCCAAAUUUUGAACUUCACACCAACCACACCUUAGUUAUCAAGAAGGUACUACCUGUGGAUGAUGGAAAAAUGUUUAUUUGCAUUGUCAAGGAGAAGCUCGUAGGGAGAAGUAUGUCCACGACGAUCCUCCAUAUAGCCAAAGGGGGGAAGGAUAACUGGGAAACCCUGAGAAAAGAGCGGUGCAAGGACGAGAAGCAACAGAAACCCACUUGUAACGCCAGGGACCGUUUAUUGAGGGUCCGGUAGCUUAACGUGGCCUCAAAAUUUUCUGUUUUCAUUUACGUUGGGAGCUUCAACAGUUCUGAAACAAGUUUACAAUGAGACUGUCUGUUAAAGAAACAAAUUGGACCGAACCGCCAAAAUUAAUACCAAAUAGUCCUCGAUGGAUCAAUGUCGUUGAAGGAAUGGAUCUUUAUAUGGAUGCGCUUGUGCGUGGCUAUCCUUCCCCCUUGGUAACUUGGAGCCAUGACGGGCUCUUCUUACAGAAUACGUGGAAUAACGAUUCAGAAACAAGUCUUUUAAUUCGCAGUGUCACUGUAUAUCAAGGCGGAAGAUACACCUGUUAUGCCAAGAAUCCAUUUGGAGAUAACAUCUUCACCAU